AUGGCUGACGAAGGAUUCGCCGCACCCUGGCUCGAGUUCGAAGAAGAAUUCGGCCAGCGACCGCUCCUUCACGGCCCCCUCGACAACAUCUUCAGCGGCUGGGCGGCAAUCGGUGGCGUCCUGGUCUCAAAAUACACCUUCCCGCCGCCAGACCCCUCUGUCAAGACAUACGACCGCACAAUCGACGGCCCCGGUGGCCCUCUCAAGCUCCGUGUGUACACCCCCGAUGGCUAUACGCCCAGCAGUAAGCCUGUAGGGCUCUACAUGCACGGCGGCGGCUGGGCGAUCGGGGAUCUCGACAUGGAAGACGGCGACUGUCGGCGCAUUGCCAAGGGCAUAGACGUCGUGAUUGUAGCUGUGGACUACAGGCUUACGCCCAAGCACAAGUUUCCGGCGCAAAAUGAAGAUUGCUUCGCUGCGUAUCGGUGGGUGCUCGGGAACGCUGAGAGUCUGGGCGGGGUGCAGGGGAAGGUGUUUGCGAUUGGCGCGUCGGCGGGCGGCGGGCUGGCGCUGGGAACAGCGUUGAGGGCCGUUGAUGAGGGACUGGGAGAGAGUUUGGUGGGGGUGGUUGCGCAGAUGCCGGUGGCUGUGCAUCCGGGUGCUGCGCCGGAGCACCUGCGCUCGGAUUACACAAGUUAUGAUGAGAAUGCCGAGAUGACUGUUAAUACGAAGAGCGCGAUGGCUGCGUUUUGGGAUGCCUUAGAUGCGCCGCCCGAUGAUAAGUACACUUCGCCACUAUUGCACGAUAAGCUGGGGAGAGUGAAGAAGGUGUACAUCACUGGCGGCACAAUGGACACUCUUAGGGAUGACGCGAGGCUUCUCAAGCGCGUCUUGGACGAGAGCGGGGUCCCCAAUAAAUUCAAUGAAUACGAAGGGUAUCCGCAUUACUUUUGGACGUUCCCAUCGAAAACGUUGGAUGAGCCGAGGAACGAGUACUUUGAGAAUCUGCUGAAGGGAGUGGGUUUCGUUCUGUCGUAG